GAGAGAAAGGGACCAUGAGGCAGACUUUACUCAAGGAAAAGGGUCUGCCAGGAACCACCCUGGAUCGUCACCAGCCUGAAACUCCAAGCGGAACGAAAGCAGGCACUUUGUGGAAUCCCGCUCAGCCCUUGGCUGCUCCUUCGUGCGGCUGAAACCGUGAAGGGAAGGCGACGCGCAGCUCCUGUUUCGAAACCCCUCGCCCCUGCUGGAAAAGCGACCGCGAGCGCGCGCCCUCCCGGUGGAGAGACAACAGGAACAACCAGUUUGUCGCCCGCAGAUAUAAAAUUGUACAGCUAGACAAUCCAGAGCUUCCACUAUGUCGUCCAGGCCUUUUGAAAGUCCUCCGCCUUAUCGACCUGAUGAAUUCAAGCCUUCCCAUUAUGCUCCAAGCAAUAAUAUAUAUGGCGGCGAUUUCCAUUCUCAGCCCAUGUUCUCUCAGCCUGCAUAUUCCUACUAUCCGGAAGACGAAAUUCAACACUUCUACAGAUGGUCGUCUCCUCCGGGAAUAAUCAAAAUCAUGUCCAUUCUCAUAAUAGUGAUGUGCAUAGGCAUCUUCGCUUGUGUUGCUUCUACAUUGCCUUGGGAUAUGGACUUCUACGGAGGCAUGGGAACUGGUUUGGGGUACUCGAACUAUGGAGGUACAGGCUUUGGAGGUACAGGCUUUGGAGGUGCAGGCUUCGGAGGCAAUUAUGGUUAUGGCGGCACUGGCUAUGGAAGUUAUGGUGGAUAUGGCAUUGGAGGGAAUUACAUUGAUCCACGUGCAGCAAAAGGCUUCAUCCUUGCAAUGUCUGCUUUUUGCUUUAUUGCUGCAUUAGUGGUUUUUGUAACGAGCGUUACCAAGGCUAACAUGUCCAGGACAAGGAAGUAUUAUCUCCUUGUGAUAAUAGGAAGUGCCAUCUUGCUGUUCUUGGUCUUCAUUGCAACCAUUGUAUACAUACUGGCAGUCAACCCAACAGCCCAAGCUUCUGGAUCAGUGUUCUACAAUCAGAUUUAUAUGCUGUGCAGCCAGUUCUAUGCACCUACAAACACUGGGAUCUUUGUGAACCAAUACUUGUACCAUUACUGUGUUGUGGAACCUCAGGAGGCUAUUGCCAUUGUAUUAGGCUUCUUGAUGGUUGCAGCUCUUAUCAUCAUAAUAAUCUUUGCAGUAAAGACCAGAAGUAAAAUUAAUUACUACGGUAAAACAAAUAUCCUGUGGGAUCAAACAAAAGACUUAGAAGAAGCUCCCAACGUAGAGGAAUGGGUAAAAAAUGUAAAUGCAGAACCAGGAGCACCAACACCAGUAGGUGACUAUCCUGAUCGUGUUGCCAGUGUUGUGGGUUACUCCGUUUCUGGUACUCCUCCACAGCGGAUCUACAAUGAUAAUAGUUAUAGAGCUACUCCGACACUUGAACCUUCUGCUGCCUUACCAAGGGAACCUGAAUAUACCAAUAGCAGCAAUUACAAUGGUUCGGCUAAGGAGCAGACACAGAAAAGAAAAGGAGGGAGACCAAAGAGAAGCAAUACUGACAACUAUGAUGGAGAUUAUACCACUGGAGGAGAGUCCUGUGAUGAACUGGAAGAGGACUGGGACAGAGAAUAUCCACCUGUAUCAUCAGACCAGCAAAGGCAAAUGUACAAGCGAGACUUUGAUGCUGGGUUACAGGAAUACAAGAGGUUGCAGGGAGAGCUUGAUGAGAUCAACAAAGAACUCUCUCAUCUUGAUAAAGAGUUGGAUGAAUAUAUUGAAGACAGUGAAGAAUAUAAGGUGGCUGCUGAAGAAUACAACAGACUGAAGGAUAUCAAAGCAUCAGGGGACUAUAAGAACCGAAAAGCACACUGCAAGACGCUAAAGAGUAAAUUAUCGCACAUCAAACAGAUGGUCAGUGAUUAUGACAGACGGAAAUUGUAACAAGAAGGAAGAAAAUCAGUCUGUGUGUCUAAAGUUACUUCUCAUGAAAGUGGUGUGUAAUUGUGUUGGACCGGAGGUGACGAGAGAGCCUUUAAAAUAAAUUGUACUUCAUCAUUAGAACAGUUGUACCAUUUUACUAUGAUAUAUGGACUUUGGUGCACAACAUAUAUAGAGGGGUCUCUUGCAGUUUCUUUGAGUCAAGGAAUUUCACCAUUCUGUACAUAAUGUUUUCUUAUUUUAAUAUGUAGUUGAUGUCCUGUCCUUAUGUCUCCCUCCUCUGUUGUGACUUGUGUUCCAUUUUCUUCAGUAUGCUGCAAUGUUAUUUUAAAAUGUUAUGCUUGUGUCUUCACACCUGAAUCCACCCAGUCCAUUCCUAAAGUGUUUUUUUAGCACAUUCUGUCCUUUCCAAUGUCAUUCCUAAUGUAGGCUGGUGUUGCCUUUCCUGUGCCAUUCAUAGUGUAGGCUGGGUGCUUUAUCCGAAAGGAUCACCUCCCUCCCAUCCUUGUUUUCAAAAUACAGGAAGCAAUUUUCUCCAACUAGGCCAGCCACCUCUAAAGGUCAGAGAAAUAGAAAUUGCAUUUUAAUUGCAUAAAAUGUCUAAAUGCAGCCAAUGUGGGUUAUCUACUACAUGAUAUCAUUAGUGACAAUGUGAAACUGAAUGUGAAUAUACUGUAUCUUAUUUUUGAGAAUCUUAAUUUGUAUUUUAGAUUACAUUUUUGUUGUGUAAAUGUAACAUUGAGGAACAAUAUAUUUUUGACCUGAAUAUCCUGUAUUUAUUGACUAUGGAUGUUCUUGUGAGUUUUGUCUAAAGGGGUAGGGGGCAGAGGAGUCAAAGCAUGACCCUCCAAUUGUUGUCAGACUGCAGUUUCUGCAGCACCAUACAAAAUAUACAUUGGUGAUGAAUUUUGGGCACUGCAGUCCAGCAGUUACAAGAAAUGGGCCCCCCACUUUGCUCUAAUCUGGGACAGUGACAAAUCUGCACAAACUUAUCAGAGCAUAAGAUAGUGGAGCUGCCUUAUGGGUAAGGAUGUACAGGAUUCAGCUGAAGAUGAUUAACCAUGGUCAAUUUGAUUUUUUAUAAUUUGCCAAAAAAAAUCUAGACUAAUCUGCAAUAAAAUAGAUUUGCUGUGGCCAAAGAAAACUGAAACCAAAGUAGAGACAGAUGUUUUUACAAAAAAUGUUGAUGCUUGUUUUAAAUGACAAUGUUUAACAAAAGCACAAAAUCUACUAGGAAAAGAGCAAUAGUGAAAUCUAACCUUUGACUUUAUUGCACUCCAAUGCUUUAUCAAGGCCAGGCCAUACCACUCUUUGUAACAUGAAUUUAUUGCUAAUUAAAUGGCCAUCAAUGCUGGAACUGACUGGGGCGGGGAGCAUGUUCUUCUAAAGGAUGCUGUUCAGCUGGUAUGUGAGCCCUAGUAGAUGCAGUCAAUGGGUUAGAGCAUUACUUAUGUUUAAAGCAGACCUAGUAAAAUUAUUAAUUGAUUUCCAGGGGCCAAAAUCCUGUUGCUAUUUCCCAUAUAUGGAAGUGAAAUUUUGGCAGUUUCACAGCUUAAUUGACAAGGUGCAUAACUGGGCAAGUGACUUAGAUGAAACUGGUUGCCCUGAUUUCCCUUCUGUGCAUGGGAAAAGGCCACCACACUUGGGUCAGCAAGGCUAUUCUAAAGGUGACUUAGCCUGGAUACAGUAUCCUCUUUGUGAGAAUUUUGGUAAAAGAACUUUCCUAAAAGUGAGAUCAACAAGAACGGAAAAUGUAUUUUUAUAAAAUGUUGAACUGGAAUGCAAUAACUGUGUACAUACAGGAUGGCUUUUAUUUUUUAUGAUACAUCAAUAAAAUUAUUUCAACA